GUAAUAGAAGCCCCUGGGCUUCUAAUACACCUUCCACAUCGAUGGCUCCAGAGGGGGCUUCUAAUACGGGGGGGCUUCUAAUAUGGGGGAGGCUUCUAUUAUGGGGGGGGGUUUACUAUAAUUCAUUUUUAUAUCGUUUGUCGUUGGAGUUGUACCCCGCCUCUCCCCCUAUCAGAAGGUUAUGCACAACCCUGCAGACAUUUUGGACUAUCUAUCCAAUUAUCUAAAAAUCGAGUCUUUGACAAAAAGCAUGAUUUUCUUUGAAAACUAACUUUAUUUUUCUUGGUCAGUAGUUCCACCCCCAUGUCAAUUUUUUUUCAAGAUUUCUGCAGAAAUGUGUGUUUUUUGGUACUUUUCUGGUCAAACUAACGCAACGCCAGAAAACGCAUGGUACUUUAAGUACCAUAAGUUUUCUAUACUAGUAAAUACUAUAUAAUACAUGCGUUUUCUUGCGCCAUAUUUUUUCCCGCAAAAGCCCAUGCUUUUUUUGUCUCUUUUAUCGCAAAAUCUCUUUUUUUGCGCUAUACUGCAUGUGUGUUUUCAAUACAACUUUCGCAAAAAAUGUUUUGGUUUAAUAAUACAAAAGAAAAAUUAUGAAUCAUUUUUUAGUUCCAUUGACAUUUAUUUUGUUCUUCGAUUCCAUUCUUUUGCUUGAGAUAUAAGGUUUAGAAUAACACUGAUCAAGGGCACUGUGACAGAAAGAAACAAUAAAUAAGUAACCUGAGAAGUGUCUCAUGUGAAUGCUCUGAGUAAAGUGCACAUGAGGCAAGUAAUAUUCUACAAAGUCUGUGUCUCCUGUUCCUAAGUUCCCAGGUCAAUGAAUGCUGUCUGAGGAUCCAAUACGAUCCGGCUGUAUCUUUAAGGUCGAAUAUCACAGGAAGUUUCAGGAUUCCCCAGUUCCUGUAAAAUCCAGGCUGAAUCCUGGUCGGGUUCGACAAGAAUCCUUGUUCUGGAAUCCUGACGGAUUUGGCUGGUUUAGACUUCAGGAUCCUGACGCAGGCAAUCUCUGGAUAAUUCCAGAUCCGGCUAAAGGAAAUGACAGGAUUCGCUUGAAUGGGUUAGGUGUUGCUGUAGGAUCACUUGUCACCUCUUUCUUUAUCACAGGUUCGAUUUUGUUGCUAGUUUCCUGACUAUUAUUUGGAGUUACCUUUCUUUAUUUAUAGAAAAAGAAAUUACAAGACAGCUAUUCUUUUCUAAAUACGUCUGAAAAAGAUAAUAUUAAGAAGAAACCAGUCCCUUUGAUUUAUUUACAACAAACAAAAAAGUAUAAAUAUAUGUUGUGGCCAAACUUAGAAUUCGGCCAGAUUCCGAAUUUGGCCAGCCAAAACUGGAAUUCCGCUUUUGGCCGGCCAAACUUAGAAUUGAAAUGUCUGCAUAUGAAGAAUUCUGAAUGAACAUCAUGAAUGUUGAUACCAACGCAAUCACCUACAUUAAGUGUUUCAGCCAGCUUUUGCAAAUGUUCCUCAUAUAAUUUACGCUUCUUAUUUGCAGUAGCUAGAUAAUUUUCUGUGGCUUGUUUACGUACUGACUCAUUUCGUGGAGAUUGUACAACAGACGGUAAAGAAUUAAAUGGUGGUGAAAUGAAAGCAGGAACAAAGUUUGAAUUUUCGAUAGUAUUAGAUGAAGCAACAACAACAGUUGAUAAGGGCAAUGAAGAAAGUGGAGUCGUUUUAACAGGAGAAUUUACAAGAGCAUCUAAUUCAUCCAGAAUAUUAACACAGCUAUUAGAUUUCGAAUUAGAUUCAAUCGAAGAAACAACCAAUGUAGGAGUAUCCAAAAGCAAGACUGGAAUUGAUGGUAAUAAACACUGCGAAACAGUCUUUGCAGAUGAUUUUGGCGAAUCAAACGAAAUAAGAUUAUCAUUCGAAGAAGAAACACUUGCACCAGACAGUGGAUUAAGAACAGGUGCAGCACACACUGAUGUUGAAGACUGA